UCCACCACACAGUCAAAGCUAUAAAACCGUAGUGAAAUGGUUACGCAUUUUAUUGUUUAUUCUGUAAAGGUACUAAAGUUUUUGCCAAUUCUCGGGAUUUUAACACAUUGGAAAGAGCUGGUCUCCCAAACUUCCGUAGACAGUAUUUCUUCUGUAAGGCAUAUACUCUUUUAACAUCCGAUUAACUCUGCUGAAAACCUUGUUAGAUUUUACUCAUGAACAGACCGGACGCUCUCUACAUCGUAACACUAUCACGCAACUUCUAGGUACACUCUCGUAUUUGAACUUUAACAGUGUUAUAAUUUCCGUAUGUUUGGCAUUUUGAACAACGGAUAUAUAGGCCUACUGGCAGUAGGGCAUAGGCCUAUCCUAUAAGAUAUAUGUGAAAUAUCUUUAUCACCAUUAACCAAGGAAAAUACCAAUCCUAAAGACGGUAUAUUAUAAUCACUGCAAUACGAUUUUUUCGAUCUUAGAUGGAGCUACCGAUCAACAUGAGAUUCGACGAUCGUUUUUUGUCCCGCUUUGCAGGGGAAAUAUUUAUUGUUUUCAUUUUGUUUUCGGGUGCGAUUUCCCAAAAUAUUGGAGAUGUUAGAUUAGUGAACGCGAGCGGUGUCGUAGGGGGCAGUGAAGGUCGUGUAGAGGUGUUCACCGAUCACGGACGCAGAACCGCUUCCUGGGCGAGACUUUGUAGCUCAGGAUGGGGUGCAGACAUCGCUUCGGUCGUGUGUCGUCAGCUUGGUUUCCAAGAUUCUCAGAGAUAUUAUAGAAAUGGUGCACCAUUUGGACAGGGUUCACGAAAUCAUAUCGUACGGCUUGAUAGAUGUUUAUCUGGAACAGAAGCUACAACUAUCAACGAAUUGCAAUGUGUCUAUAGGGGUGGUGGUGGAAUAAUUUGCACAGCCCUACCCGAUGCCGGUGUCAAGUGCGUUGAACAGCCAGUAACUAGCCUCCCACCUAUAGAAAUGAAGCACCCAAGCCCAGCCGUGGAAACAACACCAAACCGAGAGAGUACAUCUAGAACCCGUCGAAGAACUACAACUUCAACAACGGAACCUUCGACAACAUCUCAGAUGACAUCCACCGUGUCAACCCCUACUACAUCGACGACGGAAGUGACAUCCUCGGCACCUGAUUUCGACUUCGUGACGAGUGAUUUCAUGACUACGGAUGAUUACGUAACACUCGAUAGUUUACCACUGGGUCUGAAUACCGGAGCUAUUUACAUUGGAGUGCCAACCUUUUGUUUUAUCAUCGUCCUCAUUGUAAUAAUCAUAAUAUUACGUCAUAGGUGCAAAGGCAAAGUCAGAAAUGCCAAACCGACAGGAAGAAUAAACGGAAGAGGUUCACAUGAUCGUGAAAUUAACUUUCCAGACAACAAAUAUCAAUACAACGCAGUUAGUCAUGUCGAUUCCACUGCACCAAGAACUUCUUACUUGACUGGCGAGGAAUACCUGCACUUACCAAUUGGACUUUCCGGAAAUGCCGAAGGACCUGCAUCUGAUGUUCCAAAACAGGAUUCGAUGGACGAAUACCAGUAUUCCGCCAUUGGACCGAUUCAAAAUGGCGCCGACCACGCCAAUCCAAGAGUUCCAACUCAGGAUUCCAUCGACGAAUACCAGUAUUCCGCCGUUGGACCGAUUCAAAAUGGCGCCGGAAAUGAACCACGACUUCCGAAUCAAGAUUCGUUGGACGCGUACCAGUACUCUGCAGUUGGACCACUUGAAAAUGGCGCAGAUACCAGCUCAAGGAUUCCUAAACAAGAUUCAAUCGAUGAAUAUCAAAACGUGAUGGUGGGGCCAAUCGAAAAUGGCGCCGAUGCAGGCCCCAGGAUUCCUAAACAAGGUGACUGUGAAGACAAUGUCUACGCUCCUGUUGGUGCUUCAUCUAGUGCCACUCUCACUCCUGCAUCCACUGCACUGGCCAGCGUUUGUACUGAUGAGGGCUUGUAUAUCAUCCCCAAUACAUCCGCAAUCAACCCAUAUCAAGAACUCACCGUGAAAACCACCACUUUUGCUGGCUUGCAGAAGCUAAAAAAGAAGCCAGUACUGGAACAAAAUACGCAACAAUCACCAGAAGUUAAGAUACAAAAGAAGCCAGCACUCGUACAAAAUACGCAACAGACACCUGAGGUAAAAAUGGUUAAGGCGGCAAAAAAGUCGCCAGGGACGCCAAAGAAACCCGUUAGGAAGCCACAGGCGUCAACGGCUGAUGAUUUGUCCGCGAAGACAUCUAGAGUACCUCACCAGCAAAUGGAAAUCAGUAAUGCAGUAUACGGACCUGAAGUAAUCGGCGAACAGACACCGUAUGCUGUGUCAUUUCUGGUCGAUGGACAACGUAACGACCGAGGUGAAUCUAUAUACGCUAAUGACAUUGAGAUGUGGGAGAUCCCAUCUUCGGAACCCGACCUUGACGACCAAACCGACAAUGGAGGUUUUAAUGUUGGAGAGAAUCCCUAUGAAAACUCAAUGAUUGGAGACCAAUCUUUCUUGCAGGACAGUGAUGAUAGUUCCUAUCAGGCUCUCAGUAGAAAGGCAACAUUGCCCGUUUGAAUCAAUUCUUUGGAUUGCUUCCUUCAAAAUAAACAAGAUUUAUUGGUUCAAUGGUUUGGGAAUUACAUCAGUAAUCAAGAUGAAGCAAACCUAUGACAAUUACCAUUAUGCUGAAUCUAAAACAAAAUAAGGACGACCGAUGUCAUUUUAACGUACAAAGGGUUUAAUCAUGAUUCGACAACAAAAUAAUAACUGCAUUUAUUUAAAGCGCUUUUUGCCUGAGGAAACAAAGCACUGCUUUUAUUACCCCGGCUUUACCUCGAGCUAUAUUCUUUUUCAACGGCGCUCAGUGUAUUCAAGGUAUUCAUCCUAUACCGGGUAUCCACUUACCUCACCCGGGUCGAGUGCAGGAAAACAUACCAUGGACAUGAUGGAUAAGAUUCGAACCCACAACCCUCUGUUUGAAAGGAGAGAGUCAGAACCACUAGACCACAACGGAUGCCUCUCAAGAUAAUAACAACACCAAUAUUACUUUCUCUGAUUGCCAAAUCGUUCAAGAUGUGAAAGUUAUUUGCCAAUACAGUAAUAGACGGAAUGGGGAAUCGAAUCGCGAGCCGACCGAUGCUGUUUAUAAAGAUUGUUAGUCAAGGAUUACUUUCCGAGCUAGUAGGGGGAUUUAGACCCACGACGCACUACGGAUUCAAGAACAUAUUGUCAAAUGCCCUUCAGUACAAAGAACAACUAAGAAGUCUUUGUCGAAACUUGAUGAAUCUGAACAGUAGUUUCGUCCUUGGCUCUAGACAAACGAUUUUACGUCAGUUCCGAAACUUAAGACUAAAACGCUGUACCGGUUCAUCUUUUUUCGGCAAAGACCUCCCAUCUAUUUGAAAGAUCACUUAAAGAGUGGUCAUGGCAAACCACUCAGAAAUUGUCAAUGAUUCACUUUCCAGGUUUAUCAUUAAUAUUAAAAAAAAAUUGCACCCUUUUAAUUCUGUUUGUAAAAACAAACUUUUUGGCUGAAAGAAUUUUAUAGAAUUUAUACCCAACUGCAAAAGUGAAUAGGAAAAUCUACAGAUAGAAAUCCCUGUAAUCGCUUUUAAUUAAAAAAUGUAAGUUACGACAUAAUGCUUUUUAAGUAUAUGUUGGAGGUAAAUAUUUUUCAAAACGUGUUGUGUAUAUUGUGUAUAUAUGUAUAUACUUAUAUUUCUUUAUUGUUAUUCUUUGGAUCAAGAAUAAAGAUAUCAGGCCUGUUGCCUGGCAAUUUCUUUCAUGAAACUUUUUUGUAAUGAUAAUCGAUAUUUACUUCAUCGAAGAUUAGUUAUGUUUUUGAUAACAUUUCUUAGUAUGGAAGGUGGAUACAUAACUGAAAAUAUUUUUACAGGCAAAAUAAUGUGAAAUUAUUUUUUACCCAAAAAUGACUACAGUUUCUUGAACUAUAACGCUAUUUAUGUUUUAUAUGAUUUAGUUUAUGAUGUAUAUAUUAUGAUAAUGGGCUAUUUGAUAUACUUCACUUUCAUUUUAAUCGUUAUUUAUUGUCCGGGCUAUUCCAUUAAGUGGAAUUCAAUUUGAAAUAAAAACAAUGCAAUCAUUUCGUAAGCAUUUGCAUCAUCUGUACAUAUUUGUUUUCAUAGUCACCAGCGAGACCGACUCCCGACCGACAAAUCUAUUAAGUAUACCUUAUUACCAAUAGCAGAUUGUCGAACACUAUGGACUAUUUGAUGUCGCGCUCUUUGUGAAUAGUCCUUAACCUGACAGAUAAAUGAUUACUUAACAUAAUUUUUAUAU